GGGCCUGAUGCUCUGCUCUCUGCCUCGAGAGAGACCGGCUGGGGGAGCACACAUACCCCUCCCCCCCGCCGCCAGGGCUCGCUACAGGGGGCUGCUCCUCUGUAUCGCCCCGCACUCCUGCUCCCACCCUCCCCCAGGCUGGGCCCAAGUCUCUCUGGAAGCCACACAUCUCCCUCCCUGUCCUCUCCCCCCACCCCUGCCAGCUGAUUUCAUUUGCCUGACGUUAGCCCUACCCUUCCCUGUCAGUGCCCCCCCGCACCCCCCAGCCGGGGCCAGGCCAGGCCAGCUCCUCUGGCAGUAGAGCCGGGGCAGGUGACAGGCGGGCGUCGCAGCUGAGGGAGUGAGGAGGCACCCGGGAAGCGGAGCUGGAAGCCUAGAAGAGGUCCAGUCACAGAGCCCAGGAGUAGGAGCCACCCCUCAACCUUGCAGCCAUGGGGGAGAUGGAGCAGCUGCGGCAGGAGGCGGAGCAGCUCAAGAAGCAGAUUGCUGAUGCCAGAAAAGCCUGUGCUGACAUUACUCUGGCAGAGCUGGUGUCUGGCCUAGAGGUUGUAGGACGAGUGCAGAUGCGGACCCGGAGGACGUUAAGGGGACACCUGGCCAAGAUAUAUGCUAUGCACUGGGCCACCGACUCCAAGCUGCUGGUAAGUGCCUCGCAAGAUGGGAAGCUGAUCGUGUGGGACACCUACACCACCAAUAAGGUGCACGCCAUCCCGCUGCGCUCCUCCUGGGUCAUGACCUGUGCCUAUGCCCCAUCAGGGAACUUCGUGGCGUGUGGGGGGCUGGACAACAUGUGUUCCAUCUACAGCCUCAAGUCCCGGGAGGGCAACGUCAAGGUCAGCCGGGAGCUCUCUGCUCACACAGGUUAUCUCUCUUGCUGCCGCUUCCUGGAUGACAACAACAUUGUGACCAGCUCUGGGGACACCACGUGUGCUCUGUGGGACAUUGAGACGGGACAGCAGAAGACUGUGUUUGUGGGACACACGGGGGACUGCAUGAGCCUGGCCGUGUCUCCUGACUUCAAACUCUUCAUUUCGGGGGCCUGUGACGCCAGCGCCAAGCUCUGGGAUGUGCGGGAGGGGACCUGCCGGCAGACUUUCACUGGCCAUGAGUCCGACAUCAACGCUAUCUGCUUCUUCCCCAAUGGAGAGGCCAUCUGCACAGGCUCGGACGACGCGUCCUGCCGCCUGUUCGACCUGCGGGCAGACCAGGAGCUGACCACAUACUCCCACGAGAGCAUCGUCUGUGGCAUCACAUCCGUGGCCUUCUCCCUCAGCGGCCGCCUGCUCUUUGCGGGCUACGACGACUUCAACUGCAACGUCUGGGACUCCAUGAAGUGUGAGCGCGUGGGCAUCCUCUCUGGCCACGACAACAGGGUCAGCUGCCUGGGGGUCACAGCUGAUGGGAUGGCUGUGGCCACUGGUUCCUGGGACAGCUUCCUCAAAAUCUGGAACUGAGGAGGCUGGAGGAGGGGGAGGUAAAAGGCCAUGAAGACACUCAGCUGGCCCUGCCUUGCCCAAUUUCUUUAAGAUUUUCUCUUCUAAGACCCCAGCUGCCAUUCCCGCCCAGCUUUCCUCUUUGAGGGCAGUGGGGAGGAUGGGGAGUGUGCCUUUGGGAGGCAGUAUCAGGGACAUGGGCAGGGAACUGCCCCAUCUCCUCCCAUGGCCUCCCCUCUCCAUGGUCCUGACAGCUUCUCCCUUAAUCAGCAAGGAUAAUGCACCCCCAACCCCCGCCCUUGGCAGGCCUACCAGGCUUACUGUCUGAGACCUUAAGCCCUAGGAUCCCUCUCCCAGAGCCACCACCUUUGUCUAGACCCAGGUGGAACAGGGUGCUCGGCCCCGUGACUAUGGCUCUGGCACCACUAGGGUCCUGGCCCCCUUCUUCAUGCUUUCUCCUUUGUCUACCUUCUUUUCUCUCCUAAAGCACUUGCAAUAAAGCGUAGCUGUGA